CGACCGCACAAACGCCUCACGCAAGCCAAAAUGAUCCUCACAAACUGCGCCGCCUGCGCUGCCCCGCUGGGCUUAUCCUUGGGGAAGAAAUGCGGCCGCUGCAGCACGCGCUACUGUGGGCCUGAAUGCCAGGUGCAGCACUGGAAAGAAGGCGGGCACGACCAGCUCUGCAAACCAAUAAAAAAGGCAGGCGGCGCUGAGCAGUACAACGCAAAUAAGAAAUACACGGAGGCCGUCGCGGUCGCGGCCGAGAAAUGCGCCGAGGACGUGAAGGGGCAGACGUGCUACAUCUGCACGCAGGCCCUCCAUUGGAAAACGAAGGAGGGCCUCGUGCGCGGGUGUUCGUGCCGCGGGACGGCGGGCUUCGUGCAUGUGUCGUGCCUGGCGGAGCAGGCCAAGAUCUUGCUAGCGGAGGGCGAGGAGAACAAUUUGGGUUUCAAGGCGAUGAAUGAGAGGUGGGGGCGGUGGGAGAAGUGUAGCCUGUGCGAGCAACUGCACCACGGCGUUGUGCGGGGUGCGCUCGGUUGGGCCUGCUGGAAGACGUACCUGGGGCGGCCGGAGCGGGAUCCGAUUCGGAUAAACGCGAUGACGCAGCUUGGGAACGGUUUAACUGCUCUGGAUCAUCACGAUGACGCGUUGUCCGUGAGAGAAGUCGAGUUGGCUACGAUGAGGCGCCUUGGCACGCCAGAAGAAGUUACGAUAAUGACAAAAGCGAACAUAGCCCAUUCUUACGAAUGUCUAGGACGAUACGAGGAGACUCUCGCCCUUCGCCGCGAGGUGUACGCCCAAGCGGUGGCAUUUAAACAUCCGACCGACCAAAUCAUUAUCUACGCCAACAACCUUGCAGUCUCGCUAAAAAGAGCUGAGCGUUACGAGGAAGCAAAGUGUUUUUUACGCGAGAGGAUCGCGGAGGGAUUUGACCGGACGCUCGGCGCAAAUCAUAUCAGCGUAAUAAAGCUCCGCUGGAAUUACGCGGGUGCCUUUUGCGACGACGACAAAGCCUCCCGCGACGACGUUGUCAAGGCGGUGGCAACCUUCGAGGAGCUCUUCUCGACGACGCAGCGGCUCUUAGGGAAAUUUCAUCCGACUACGAAGAGUGCCAAGGCGUACUUAGAGAGCGGGCGAUCGAAGCUCGCGCGUUUCGACGCCCAGUCAUAGUUUCUCGAGCCUAACAUAACUCCUC